AUGGUAUAUGUUGACAAUAACGGGGACCUUGGCGUAAAUGUUUCCUCAUCCCUUGCAGGCUGCGAGAGGGCAAUUUUCACCGAAGACAUCAAGCAAAGCUUUGUCAGAGCUGUGACCACAGAAUGGCAGCCAAACAUGCAGAACUUCGCCUCCGGUAAUACCUCGGUGGACCUGCAGCCUAGUCCAGUGUGGUUCCAGCAUGGUCAACCGAGGCAACCGAGACUAAUACCCUGUGAAUUCCAGUCUCUCCAGAAUAAGCGUCAAAGGAGGAGUAGGAAGCGCACGAGUUCGGAACUAGGAAGCGAUUCGGACUCAGAUGCAUCCAGCUCGUCCAGCAAGCGGACUGCAAUUCGCGUGGGACAAACGGAUCUUCUGCGUCAGUUCUAUGAGAAGGCGUUCGACAACCUUCAGCAACUCAACUGUAGGGUCAUUGCAAAAGCGUUUGUCAAACUUGUGGAGCCUCGCAAACAAGUGAACCAUCCAUACAAUGGACGAAGAACAGUCAUGGGUGGACCUUGCCAACGACUAGAUCCUGAGUUGACCAAACCAAAAUGGUGGCCUGCUGGGGUACAACAUAAAGAACCUGAUCACCUUCUGAAGGCUGAAAGAAUCCGGCUUCUCAUGCACAUUCUUUGUGAGUUGAGAGAGACCCAUGGAAUCACGGCGCAAAAACUCAGGGAAGCUGGACAAGAUGUGCGACGCCAGAUUGAACCAAUGGAGCGCCUCCUAAUUCUGGAUGAGAUUUAUGAUGUCCGUGAGAUGGAAGAGCUCUAUCUAAGUGGAAGAAUGAGUGGUGAUAUGAUACUGCACGUUUCUUCCAAGCAUCUUCCGGAGGGCAUCGACUCGGUGAGCGAGCAGCAGAAUCCCGAGGCAGACUGCCUGCCUUUAUCUCCAGUAUCUAUCAGUCGGAAGAGCUCCGUGGAGAGCGGUCUGUCGGCUGUCUCCAAGGGUAUGGCACCAUCCAUCAUCUCCAAUGAGCAAACGAGAGCGCCGCAUACUCCUCCCGAGAUCUCUUCGGUUGAGCCAUGGUCCGUCUCCGGACUUUAUACCCAGCAGUCGGUGCUGUUGGAUCAUGGACUUCCUCGAGUGCAUGCACCAUUGACAUACCAUUGA